AUAUAAAUCUCACUUCUUAUCUCUUUAUUCUCAUUUCCAAACCCAAAAUAUUUCUUGCUUUCUUGAAAGAGAAAGAGAUGAGCAAACUCUGGACAUUUCUCACCCACCUGAGCUCCAUAGCAGGGCCAACCAUCAUGCUCAUAUAUCCCUUAAUUGCAUCAGUUAUAGCAAUAGAGAGCCAAUCAAAGCUUGAUGAUGAACAAUGGCUGGCUUAUUGGAUCUUGUACUCUUUUCUAACACUUGUGGAGAUGGCUGCUGACCCAAUUUUAUACUGGUUGCCAGUUUGGUAUCCAAUAAAAGUGGUUUUGGUUGCAUGGCUUGUGCUCCCACAAUUCAGAGGUGCAUCCUUCAUCUAUGAGAAGUUUGUGAGGCAGCAACUCCUUAAGAAACAGGGCCACAGGGUUGGCUAUGUAACAGGCACAAGGGAUAUUUAUGAGGAUGACACCGAGUAAGAUGUGUGGAAACAUGGAGGGGAUGAUGAGGAGUUCAUGAAGCAUGGAUAUGAUGUAUUUAAUUAGUGCUUUGGAUCUUAAUUUGCUCAUCUUUUAGCUUGAAAGAAGAGAUGUUGUAUAUAUAUAUAUAUAUAUAUAUAUGUAUGUUUGUAUGUUGGUUAAUGUUGUGCUUAACUUCUUAUGAUCAUGAAAAAAGAGUUCAAAAGAGAUUUGAGAA